AUGUCUGGGGCUACACAUUCUGCUGCCCCUCAAGGAGCAGGAGGUAAAGAUAUGAGCCACCUGAACUCUGACAAUGAUAGGGAUAUGAUAGACGAUGAGGUUGAUGACCUAGCUAACACUCUGGGUCAAAUACAGAAGGUUAUUGACUUCAAUGGCUGGGAAGCUAUUACAGCUGAGAACCUUCGGUGUUCUGAGUGUAACCUUCUCAGGGCCCAACAAAGGGCUGAUCCAGACUUUGUCGAAGUUCCUGACAAUGAUGAAUCCUACUUAGAAGAACCCAUUACACCACCUGUUACACCUGUCUCUACAUCUUCUCUUGCUAAAAGACUUGCUAAAGCUUAUGUUCUCACCCUUUUGGCACUUCACAAGAUUCAUCAAGAUCUGUCCUGCAUUAAAAUGACCAAAGGCCUAGUCCUUGACCAUCCUAAAUUAAGCAUCAUGGACACCUUGUCAUCUGGAUUUCUGCCAGAAACCAAUCUUCUGCAGACCCAACCAUUAGUGCAACAAUUCAUUGACCACUGUGCCUUUUGCACAGAAAGGGACAACUUUAGUGAAAACUACUGUGCCAUUCUCGCAUUUGAUAUUGAGACACAAAGAAAGUUUUUCAACACUCUCACCUUUCUGGACAAACCUGCUUAUCUUGACCACUGGAAGGAAAUCAAGAUCAACACUAAACUCAAAACUCAUUUGUUGUCUUCUAGCGGAUCUCAUUUUCAACCUUACCUCCCCAAGAAGCCUGAGUACAUGCCAUCAGGAGGAAGUUCGUCUAUGAAUGAUAGUAAUAACAAGCCCUUUCACAAGGGCAAAAGAGUAUCCACCAACUAG